UACGGGUGUCACACAAAAACAUCGCCUUCGUGAACAAAAGCUUCGCCAUACAGUCACCAUUAGAGCUAGCUGGGAAAGAAACGACGGGUUCGCGGCUUACAGAGACCUCCGAAACUAUCUUUCUCAUCCUUCCUCUCCGCACCUACCAGAACCUUUGAGGAAGUUGAGUCAAGAAAAGUUUCAAUGGGUUCGAGACAAUUAGACUUCAUAAAAUCUUUCCAAAUCAGCAUUCAGUCUAUUCUCACUGCAGUGUCCAAGGAGGAUAUGUAUGCGGAAUUUUCAAUGUUUUCUAAGGCUGAGAAGGAGAGUUUGUAUCACUUGCUCGUUCAGGUUUCCAAAGCUUUGCAUCAAAAUAUAGCGGAGCUGUUUGAGUCGAAAUGUCAAGAAAGUCAGGUAUUAACUGCUUUUGAUAAGAUCGAACAUCUCCUGGAAGAGCAAACGCUAGACAGAGCAAACGCUCGACACUUUGCACGUAGAUCCAAGAAACAUGUCCAGAGCAACGUUGUUCGGUUGGGAUACCAUCGAACCCCGAUUACUAUUGGUAGCGGAAUCAGCUGGACUGUCUGCCCGACUAAAGAAAACAUACUUGUCUGGACCGUGCUCAUUGCAGUCACAUAUAGAACUGUCGCCCGUAGCUUUGUGAUCGACGUGACUUGA